UUAGGCUACACAUCGACCGAAUCGAAUCAGGGGUAUUCUAUUGAACGAACCAGGAAGUUCAUUUACAAAUAGAAUUUUUUUUUUUCUGUUUCGUGUCGCUAUAUGUGUUGGCAAGAUCGCCAUUAUCUCAAACAUUAUGUGUGUGGUGGGUGUCUUAAAUUAAAAUUUUACUAGAGUUCUAAAACGUAACAUAGAUGAGUAUUUUUGUUACCCUUCAACCGUCCUCCUAUGUAAUUGGUAUUCAUCAAAGAUAACUGAAGUUUGAUCUACGAUCUAGGGAAAGAGGUAGUUCUUGUUACAAGUCAACAUGGGAAAACGUUUGUCAAAAAGGAAGAAACCCACUCCACAACUACCGAAUGCUGAUGAAGUUAAUACGCCAAGACCAUCCAUCGACAACAAUGCAUUAUCAAAGAACAGGGUUUUACCACCUGUUCCUGAAGAUCCAGUUAUUUCGUCUGGACGGACUCGUUAUUUUGCACAGUACGACUUUGACGCUAUCAACGACGACGACUUAUCUUUCGUGAAGGGAGAUAAAUUAGAAAUCGAAGACUCGUGCAUAGAAGAAGGAGACUGGUGGACUGCAACGAAUGUAAGGACUGGGAAAACGGGAUUCGUACCAUGCAACUAUAUAUGUAAAGAUGACAACUCGCCGGAAGCUCAAGAGUGGUGGUGGAAUGUCGAUCGCUCAGAAACCAUGAAACAGUUGAUGCUACCAGGAACGGAAUUUGGAGUCUUCAUAGUCAGACCUUCCGCUGACCUGAAGUCAUAUGCUUUGUCUGUCCGGUUCGAAGACAGUGCUACAAAGGACCCGUGUAUCAGGCACUAUAAGAUCAAACAACUGGAUAACGGUGGAUUUUACAUCUCUCCAAAAAGACAGUUUACUGAUAUGGUCACACUGGUGGAACAUUACCAACAAAAUGGCGAUGGUUUGUGUUGCAAACUGCGAAAAGCGUGUCCUAAAACAGCGCCGUUGGUUCAUUUUCGAGAUCUGGAGGUCGAGAGACAUAAAGUAGAACUGUCAGUCAAACUCGGUCAUGGUUGUUUCGGAGAAGUGUUCAAAGGUAGACUCCAUAACUCACUAGACGUUGCUAUAAAGACGCUAAAACCCGGAACGAUGACGCCUGAUGCAUUUCUGAGCGAGGCGAAAAUCAUGCACAAACUGCGUCACCCGAAACUCGUUCAGCUGAUGGCGGUGUGCUCGGACAGCGAGCCCAUCUACAUCAUUACAGAACUGAUGACGAACGGGGCGCUGCUAGACUACCUGAGGAAGGAAGACAAUCGGAAAACCAUCACGUUCCCACGGAUAACUGACAUGGCGUGCCAGAUUGCAGACGGAAUGGUUUUUCUUGAGUCACACAACUUUGUUCAUCGAGACUUGCGGGCAGCAAACGUUUUAGUCGGAAGUCGUAUGGAAGUGAAGGUGGCUGAUUUUGGACUGUCGAGAAUAUUGGAAGAUGAUGACAUUUACGAGGCCCAUGAAAAUACCAAGUUUCCUAUUAAAUGGACGUCACCAGAAGCUGCAUUAAACAGAAAAUUUUCUGUGAAAUCCGACGUUUGGUCUUUCGGAAUUCUGUUGUAUGAAUUAGUCACCCUCGGUGCUACCCCGUAUCCAGGAAUGACAGGCCACGAGGUUCUAACAAAAGUGGAGACUAACUACCGCAUGCCAAAGCCACGUGGCACUUUGGAAUGUAAAGACUGGUACUAUGAAACCAUGCUAAAAUGCUGGAAGAAAACUCCAGAGGACAGGCCAACCUUUGAACACCUCUUUAACAUGUUCAACGACAUGACUGAACAGGAACCGGUCGGCUACGUAGAGGGAGAAAAGUAUUAAUGUACAUGUACCAUUUAUGUUUAAAUGAAUUAAUAAAGUCCUUCACAUCUGAGGGGCUUAUAGGAGAAGAAAACUAUUAACGUACAUGUACAAUUUAUGUUUAAAUGAAUUAAUAACAUCCUUCACAUCUGAGGGGCUCGAUCGUGCACAAAAGUGGGUUUUUUCAAUUAUGCACCUACACGUAGGACAAUAACACCCACCCUGCUAAUUGUUUGACCUGGGUGUGCUUCGGCGCCACCCAUCCCCAGGAUUUGAUUUAUUAUAAUACUCUUUUAUAAUCACUCGCCUGGUGCUUCCGAGGGGAGCGAUUUAGUACCUGACAUUUUCAAAUGUGAAGAACUGGUUUUGAAUUAACUACAACAAAAACAUUUUUAAAGGAACAAAAUGUGUUUACAAGUACAAAACCCUGCCUAUAUCAGUUACAAGCUCAUAAGAUCUCAUGAUUGGCCAAUAAAUAGUUUUAUAAAGUGAAUCUACCUGAUUGUCAAACAUUUUCAAAUGUGAAGGACUGGUUUUAAAUUAACUAUAACAACAUUUUGAAAGAAAAAAAUGUGUUUACCAGGUGCAAGACCCGGACAAUGUCAUUUUUUUUCUCAUAAGAUCAGAUGAUUGGCCAAUAAGUAGUAAUUAUAAAGUGAGUUUUCCAAUGACCUUGAACUAUACAAAUAUUGUCAAAUGUAAAGGAUUGAUUUUAAAUUAACUACAACAAAAUUUUGAAAGGAACAAAAUGUGUUUACCGGUGCAAAACCCGAUCUAUAUCAUUUACAAGCUCAUACAAUCUGCUAAUGAUAAGAUGAUGAAAAUUGUUGUCAUGGGUGAUUUUAAUGAAGAUUUGUUACGUCCAUUCCAUCCUCAUAUUGAUCAAUUUGGUCAGUUCUUUGGAUUGUAUCAGAUUAUUACAGAGCCGACACGGAUCACACCAACUUCUAGAACUCUUUAUCGAUUUGAUUUUUGUCUCGUCCCUUGAGAUGGUAUUCGAAAAGGGUGUAUUGCCUCCAUUUUGUAGUGACCACUGUGCUACGUACGUUCAUCUCAAUUUUAAAACUAAAAAAGCAAAUUGUUACCAAAGAGUAAUUUAUUAUUAUAAAAAUACCAAUAACCAAGGUUUACAAAAUAGUUUACAAAAUUAUGAUUGGGAAAGUAUAUUUAUUAGUAAAGAUGUAAAUAUUAUAGCAAACUUAUUAAUUGAUAAUAUAACACAUUUUUGUAAUGAAUUUAUUCCACACAAAACUGUUACUAUUUGGCGUAAUGAUGCUCCGAGGAUGAAUGGAAAUAUUAGAAAAUUAAUGAGAAAACUAAAUAAAUUUCACAAGAAGGCUAAAGAUAGAAAUACACCGAAGGACUGGGAGUCCUUUAGGGAGGCGCGAAAUAAAGUAAUUGCAAAUUGUCGUAAAGCUAAAGCUGAUUAUAAUACAAAAUUGGAUAAUGUUCUAAAUAAUGAACAUGGAAGUAAAAGUUUGGUGGAAGGUCUUUAAACAAUAUUUAAAUAAAAAGGAUAACUCCAAAUAUACGAUGCCAUCAAUCGAAUGUGGUGGAAUUGUUUAUGAAGAGGCGGAAGAUAUUGUAAAUAUAUUUAAUGAUUAUUUUAUUACUCAAGCCAGAGUUGAAAAUCCGGAUAAAGAUGUACCAGAUAAAUAUAAAGCCAUUAACAAAUUGAGUGAUAUCUCAAUAAAAGAAGAAGAGUUAAACAAUAUAAUGAAGUCAUUAGAUGUAAGAAAAGUUAUCGGUCCAGAUAUGACUGGUAAUAGAAUUAUUAACAUUUUCGGAAAACAUUUAAUCAAACCACUUACAAAAUUGUUUAAUAUUAAUGUAUUUCAUUUUUCCUGAUAUUCGAAACGUGUGUCUUAAAAUAUGUAUCCAAUUUCUUCUUGGAAAACAAUAUAAUAUCUUAUUUGCAAUCUGGAUUUAGGUCUGGUAAUUGUACAUUGUCAAUUGACCGAUCUUUAUAAUUUUAUUUUACAAACAUUGGAUGAGGGCAAAGAAGUCAAAACGGUAUUUUGUGAUAUUAGUACGGCUUUCGAUCGUGUGUGGCAUAAAGGAUUAUUAUAUAAAUUACAGACUAAGGGAAUUAGUGGAAGACUUUUACUGUGGUUUGAAAGUUACUUAGAAAACGAAUGCAGAAGACUGUGAUCAAUGGGUAUCAGUGCUAGGGCCACUUUUAUUUCUAGUUUAUAUAAAUGAUAUAGUGGAGAAUAUUGAGAGUAAUAUUAAAUUAUUUGCAGACGACACUUCUCUCUAUGUAGUUUUAGAUGAUUAUCAAGUGGGGUGUCGUACAAUAAAUUCGGAUCUUACUUUGUUAUCAAGCUGGGCAGAGAAGUGGCAGGUUAAAUUUUUACCAGAAAACCCCAGAAUCAAUAACAUUUUCUAGAAAGAUCCACAAGCAGAUCCAACCAGAUACAUUCUUAGGAGAUUAAAAAAUAACUGAUGUAAACAAUCAUAAACAUCUUGGUCUUACAUUCCAAAUGGACGGCCAGUGGCAUUGCCACAUAGAACAGCUAGUUUAUAAAGUUAUCCCAAUGAUAAAUUGUCUCCGUAGUUUAAAGUAUCGUCUAAAAAGGAAAACAUUAGAAACAUUAUAUAAAUCUUUUAUUUUGCCAGUAUUUGACUAUUGUGAUUAUAUUUGGGAUAAUUGUACAGAAGCCCAAGCAAAUCUAUUAGAAACACAUCAGUUGGACGCCCUCCGUACAAUAUGUGGUGCUGUUAGGGGAACAAGCCAUGAGAAAAUUUAUAGCGAAACUGGAUUCAGUCCUUUAAACCAACGUCGUGUAAUUCACAAAAUAUGUACCUUUUAUAAAAUGGUUAAAGGCAUAACUCCACAGUAUUUAUCAUUGCUGGUACCCCAAACAGUUUCUGGAAAUCACUCACUCCGUAAUGCUGACCAAUUGCAAUAUAUUCACGCAAGAACAGAAUUAUACAGAAAAUCAUUUUUACCCUCAGCAGUUCGUGAGUGGAAUAGUAUUGAUGAAAAUAUAAGACAAAUAGAACCUUUUAAAAAAUUUUAAAAUUGUAUAUUCCCGCAGAUAAAUUGGUUAAAUAAGACAUUUUUAGAAUUCGGAUCACACUUAAAUCAAAUAAUUCAUUGUAGACUUCGUUUAGAAUGCAGUGACCUCAACGCUCAUAGAAAUACAAGACAUAUUUAUGAUAAUUCCAUUUGUAGUUGUGGACACCCAUAUGAACAUACGUUACAUUUCCUAUUUGUCUGUCCUCUAUAUGAUAACCUUCGUACAACAAUGUAUUUUUAUAAUGGUGGUUUUGAUCUCCAUACAGUGCUAUAUGGUAAUAAUGAUUACCCUCUGGACCUUAAUUUACGUAUAGCAGAAUAUAUUCAUAACUUUUUCGAAUUGUCAAAACGCUUCACGUUUUAAUUUCUUAAAGCCAUUUAUCCUACAUCACAUUGUCACUUGAAAGUUUGGCAAUUGUACUGUGGGCGAGAAUCACUAAUGUAAGUUAAUCUUAGGAAAUCGGGUAUAUUUAUGUACGUGGGUACGUGUACGCAUGGACAAGUAUAUUAAUUUAAUGGUCAUUUAGACAAGUUUUUAUGUUUGAGUGCAAAUUAUUUAAUUGUUUCUAAUUCUCUGAAGAACAUGUAAACUGAUAUAUGUGUAUAUUAUAAAUUGUAUGUAACAAAGUGUGUUUGGAGAGCAUUAAUAUAGGCCAAUGGCCUGUUUGCCAAUCCAUUUCUUUUGUGAAAUAAAUAUUGUUUAAAUCACAAGCUCAUACUAUCGUAUGAUUGGCCAAUAAAUAGUAUUACAGUGAAUCUACCACUGACAUUGAAUUUGCGGAUUGUCAGACAUUUUUAAAUGUGAAGGACUGAUUUUAAAUUAACUACAACAAAACUUUGAAAGGAACAAAAUGUGCUUACCGGUGCAAGACCCGACCUAUAUCAUAAUUUUGCUCAUAAGAUCACAUGACUGGACAUGACUGGCCAUUAAAUAGUAUUAUAAAAUGAAUCUUUCAGUAACCUUGAACUUAUCUGUUGUGAAAGAAACUGAUCAUGAUCGACAAUCAACAAACGAAUCUAUCAGUGACCACGAACUUGCGGAUUGUGAAAUAAGUCUAAGGUGUAGUGGAGUCAGCAAGGGCCUAUCACAUGUGAACAGUGAUGGCCUAU